AUGGAGGAGUUUCUUCAGGAGAUGGAUGGCAACAAGGAGCAACAAAGAACCUCAACAGCAAAAUCCAAAAAUGAAGUGGUCCCAGCACACUCCAUUGCAAAUACCCGAUCAAAUGAUAAAACUUCUAAAAGUGGACAAAAACUGCUUGUCGAUGAAGAAAGGAGGAAGAUAAGUUUGACUGCUAUAUCAAGCAAGUACCAGAUAUUUCUGAGGAUGAAAGGCUUGUGUUACAAGACAUUUUUAUCCAUGUCAUCAAAUGAAGCUGAUGGGUACCCAUAUCCAAAACGAAUUAAAAUAGAAAAUAAUCAUACAAGCGUAGAGAAAGAGGAGCAACCGCAGUUAGAACAAAGAACAUACCUUGUGGAUGAAUGUAGGAAGUCAUCAAGUAAACCUAUAUAUUUAUCAGAAGGAUCACUUCAUUUCAGUCAAAAUGCUUGGAGAUUAGAAAAGGAAAUCAGUGGUAGAGAAAGAAAAACUAACUUGUGUGAGUUUAUAGAUUUUAAACCUUGGACUAAUGAAAAAUUGCAAUGCAGGCUAUUAGAAAAUAAACUGUUCACUAAAAAAUGGAAUAUUGAAAAUGAAGAGCAUAAUAUUAUAAGAGAUGACUCUUUAUUGAAUGUAAAUGGACAUUCUUCUGAAGCUGGAUUAUACCACUUGUGGAAUGUAAACAAAACCAGCAACAAUAUAGCAGCAGUAAGUAAUAAAACAGACAAUGAUAGUGAGCUUACAUUAAAUGCUUCACUUUCAUCUUUAAACACAGAUUUGUUUCAGGUAAAAACAUCAAGUCAGAAAAUUGGUACUGAUAACAAGUGGAAAGAACACCAGCUUUUAGAUGUUCCAUUUUUAUGUGGCAUUAAUUCUACAUUUUCUGAAAUAAAGAAUAAGGACAGAAACAACUGUUUAAAAAAAUUGCCCACUGAAGAAAAUAAAGAUCAUUAUGGUAAUGAGAGUGAAUCUGUUGAACAACUAAGUAAUAAAGAAAAAAAUGCUUCAUCACAUACAUUUCCUACAUUAAAAUUGUUUAAAAAUAUACAAACAUUCAAAAUCCCCCAAACAAAUUUUUUUAUGAAAGGAAACAUAAGUAAAUGUUCUACUGCUUCAAAUACAUUAAAUAGUAACAUGUUAUCAACUAAUUUGAAGGAGAUAGAACAGAAGAAUUUUAAACAUCAAACAUAUGUGAUGCAAUCUGAAAAGAUUUACUGUUCCCAAAACAUAUCUCUGAUAAGGAAACAAAAGUUUCAAAAUGAUAAAAAUAUUGUGAAUACUGCUAGUGUUUGUUCUGAAUUUUAUGAAAGUAACCACCAAUCUGUUAAUAAGCAAAAGACUUUGGCUUUAGCAGAAGAAGGAGAAAAAAUAACUGAGACUAAUUUAAGGAACAACAUCAAUAGUGUCAAGUGUAAUCAAAUGUUUGCUAAAAGGAUUGUCGAGGAGAAAGAGCUAGGAAAUGCAGAAGGUGAUGAAGACCAGGAACCAAACAUAUACCUAAGUGUUCACACAUACUUUGGUUCUAAAACACCUCAAAGUGAUGAAUGUAUCAACUCUACCAAUAUUUUGAAAAGAACAUGGGGAAAAGUCAGUUAUGAGGAUGUGACAUUUAAUAUACAAGAAACAACUGUUCCAUUGAUAUCAGAAGUACUAAGGAACAGAGAUUUAAACAUAAAUUAUGACAUGCAUUGUGCUAACUGUAACAGGAAUUUACAUGAAUCAGAAUUAAAACUUUCUACAACAAAAAUACUUGACAUCAAAAGAUACUUAUCUAAAAGUAUUCUCACCGAAGGCAAUUGCCCCUAUAGUACUACACAGGAUUUGCCAGAUACAAGAGACAAUAUAUUGAAGCAGAAGAAGCUGACUAAACUAAAAAUCUUCUUUCAUGAUAUGUUAUUAGGAGGUCUGAAGACAAGACCUGGAUCUUUAAAUAAAGAUGUGCUUAAAUAUCAAGAAAAUGACAGUAUCAUAGGCUGGUUUCAUUUGUAUGAAAAGUUAAAGUCAAUAGAACAAUACAGCAUUCCAGAGCUAAUAACCAGUAUUAAUAAAAAUAGUACACAUAUUUAUUUGCAAGUUACUGUUUCAGAACAGCAAAAUGUGAACCCAAUAAAAUCAGACCUUGCUUUUUUCCCCUAUAAUAUAAAUUGUUUACAUCCAGCUGAAGAAAAAUGUAUACCAGUGGAGAAAAAUCCUUUCUAUUGCAGAAAACAAGUUAAGAGAAACUCACACAUAAAUAAUAGUUUGAAAGGAAACACAGAAUCUCAGCAAAAAUACACAACUUAUCGAGAACCUCUAGCAAGGAAAACUCUGACAAAAAAGAGUAUGGCAGUUGUAGAGAAUUGCAAAAAAAAUUGCUGUAGCAGUCUUCCAAAAAUACCCUUUUUUUCUAUUUUUGACACAUAUGAAAAAAUUCCUCUCAGUACUGAUUCUGAGGAAAUGGAUCAGAUUCCACUUGUAAGGCAAAUUAAUCCUAAUAAUGAAAAAUACAUUGAAGAAAGUACAGUUGCUAGUAUAAAAAAUAUUCACAAUGUCCCUGCUAAAUCAGAUGUUUGUAUUCUACCUGAAUUGUCAACAACAUCCAUAGUAAAUGGUAACUCUGAGUUACUACCAGACAGUAGAAAUAGUCAACAUUUAGAAAAUGAAAUAAAAUAUGUACACUUUCUAAAUACUGGUUUCAAUUAUGGAAACAUAUUUCACUGUUUCUUAGACAAUGGCCAGUGUUCCACUUUACCAUUCUCUUGUGGCCCUUUUACAGAUAAAGAUGUAGUACUAAAAACUGAAGAGGGACAUUGCAGGAGUUCCUUGAGUGAUGACACAAAAAAAUUGUGUGAAGAAAUGAACAGCAUUUUACAAUACCAAAUUGUGAGAAGUUCUGAAGUAUCUAAUAAUAAAAUGUAUUUUAAGGUUCAGAGAGAAGAAACAAUGACUUUUUCUCUAGAUGAAGACAUUCAGAAAGAUAGAAAUUUUUGCACACUCAAUUCAAAGCCAAUGACUAUAAAACAAAAUCUUGAAGAUUUACAAGCGGUGGGAGAAAUAAGUUCUGGGCAACAUUAUAUAACUAACAAAAAUCAGCAUCAGACUAUACUGCAUGGAAGUAGAUCAACUAAUUUAAUUUUGUCAUAUUCAAAAGAUGAAUCUGCAAUAUGUGUUGCAUCAGGAGACAAAUUAAUACCACAUUUAUCCAUAAUGGACAAUGGAUGUUUUGAAGAUAUGACAGAUCAGCAUUUACCUUCAGAAAGUAAAAACAUAUUUGAAUUUGAAAUGAAGAGCAAAUUUGAUUUAGUGUUGGAAGAGCUUUGUAUGUUUCAUGAAAUUAGUAAGGAACAUGAAAAUAAGCUAUCCAAAGUAGAAAGAAACACUAUACAAGAAAAUCCUCAAGAAUUGAAUAAUUCUGAAGGGAUAGAUGAAAAUUUAAAAAGUGUUUCUCAAACAAAAGUAUGCAUUUCCUUUCCAAUCUAUGGUACUGCAGCAGGGCAAAAUAUAACUAAGAAUAACCAAAGUUCAUGUAAAGGAAAAAUAUUAAAUAGAAAUGUAAAGCAAAAAGUACCUCAUGAGUUCUGUUCUUCAAGUGUGUCAGAUGAAGAAUUGCUCUAUUCACUUUCUGAAGAAGACUAUGUUGAUUCAGGUUGUAAAAAUCGAUUCCCAUGGGACCCUGUUUUUUUGUCUCACACAUUUAUGAAGGAAAGACGUGACGGUUUACAGAAAGAAAGAGGAAACUAUUUGUCACAUGAAAUUAUAAGAGUGCAGCCUCUUAAAACAUGCAGUGGCCCUAUCAGGAUUGGGCUGUCAAGAAAAGCUAAGCCCAAAAAGCUUCACCCAUAUCUGAAAUAA